GAACUUGUGGAUAUGAAUAAAUAUGUAAAAAAAAAAUGUUGCAGAGGAAUUUCGUGAGGGAGAGAUUGAAAUAAUUGGUACGACACCCACAUCCACAUAUAUAUACAUAUAUGAGAAGCCCAAAAGUAGAAGAAUCGGAUAAGGUGAUGGCGGCGUUAUCAUCAGGUGCAAGAAUGAGUAGCAGCAGCAGCAGAGAUGAAGUUUACGUAGCAGCAGUGGCGCUCAAGGGCCCUGCUCAGCUUCUCUUUUCCACUGCCUACUCUCUCAAUUUCUGGGAUUUGCAGCAUUUCAUGGUCAUCCUCAAACACCGACACCAACACGAGGCUACAGUAUAUGAUUUUCAGCCAGAGGAUCCUGAAAACAUAUGGGUGGCUGCGGCUGCCUUGUCUCGUACAAAAAUACCCGGAGCUAUUCUGGUGAGGAAGCUUGCAAAACUUCCUAAGAGGAAAUGUUGGUUUGUAGGCUAUGCCAAAGCAGAUAUUGAUGAUGAUGCACUCCACAAAUUCAACCACACCUGGGACACUCACCUCGUCCUCGGCUCUCAUGAUUGUCGACAUUAUACUCAAGGCCUUGUGGAGCACCUCACAGGCAACAAAGCUAUACUAGACCAUCUCAAGCCAAAGGACUACUUCUAGACACACUUGCAUACAUGUACAUGUAAACUCACUCAUCAAAUUAAUUUAAACCUCAAUUCAAAAUUUCCAACUCUCUAUCAUAUAUUUGAUCAAUCAUCACCACAUUAACAUAUACAUCCACUACCAAGAACCAAAACCAAAUACAAAAGUAGUGGUCAGCUAGGGAAGAAAGAAAUGGAAAAGAAAAUACCUUGUUUAUUACAUAUGUAAGUGUAAAAGGGAAAUUAAACAGCGAUGGAUGACAUCUCACAUGAGGAUGGCGUAGCGCAAGCUGUCGCGAACCAUGAGAUGGGUGAGCUCCGACGAGGUCUGCGGCAUCUCGGCCGAGGCCCAGACGCCGUCGGGGCCAUUGAUGCGGGGGUGGGAGAGGCAAGAGAAGAGGGAGAAAGGAGCCAGCAGGAUGGCGCAGAGCAAAUGGUUCCAGCGCGACGCCGAUCUCGGCGCUCCCGCCGCCGCCAACUCCUCGUCGGCCACGCGAGAGGCAUUCUUCUUGCUCUUGAGCGAGAUGGCGGCCAUUAUUCUGCAGGUAACGCCCAUCUCUCUCAGCUGGAAUGGAUGAAUUUGUGGCCGGUUUUGGAGGAAGAAAGUAGUAAGAGCUGUAGUGGGUGAGUGGCAGUUGUUAUCAAAACACAAAUAAUGUUUAGUUAAUGGAUGAAUGCAUCUUUUCAACCCCACUCACACCACUCCUCUCUAUUCACUUUCACACGCCUUAAUCAUCAAUUAUUUCCCACUAACCUCCCCUCACUCUAUCCCAUCCAUCUCCUAUUUUACUUAUAUAUUUAUUUAAUUCGUUAUAUUCACUCACGUUUUAACAGUUAAUUCAAAACUCACGCUCUCCAAAUCUAGUGUAUAUAUACCAUUAAUUCCAAAAUAGACUAAUGGUAAACAAUGAAGAAAUUAAAUGACCAAAUUUAGAUUUUCCGCUUAAGUUGACCAAUUGACCAACAAUUGAAGAAGGCAAUCCAGCGUGUGUUUCUUUUUCCCUUUUAAGUACGAAAAUCAAGUUCCACCACAUAAUCCCCCCCUUAUAAAUUCACGAUACCGCAGUUUUUCAAAAUUAAACUACUAAAAACAGAAAACCCAAAAAAAAAAAAAUAAUAAUAAUAAUCCAUCCAUCCACCAUGGAUAAAAAAACGACAUUAUCAGUCGUUUUAGUUUUGCAGUUACUAUCAUUGGCCGCCACCUCCCAGACGGUGUUCGACAUAACAAAAUACGGCGCGACGCGCGGCGCAGACAUCAGCGAGGCGUUGAUGAAGGCAUGGAAAGACGCAAUCGCAUCAGCAACGGCGAGCCAGAUCCUGAUCCCGGCCGGCGACUGGACGUUGAGCCAAGCCCACCUGGCGGGCCCCAACAAGUCCCCCAUCAAUCUGGAGGUGAAGGGCACCCUCAAAGCCUACCCGGACCCUGCUAAGCUCCCCGUCAAGACCUACGAGUGGGUGACCAUCAACUACGUCAACUUCCUCACCAUCUCCGGCGGCGGCGUCUUCGACGGCCAGGGCCAGCAGGCCUGGAAAGCCAACGACUGCCACAAGAACUCCAAGUGCGCCAAGCUCCCCAUCAAUCUCAGCCUCAACUUCAUCAACAACUCCCUCAUCCAAGACGUCACCACCAAGGACAGCAAGAACUUCCACGUCAACUGCAUCUCCAGCGCCAACGUCACCUUCCAGCGCUUCACCGUCUCCGCCCCCGGCGACAGCGUCAACACCGACGGCAUCCACAUCGCGCGCAGCUCCAACGUCAGGGUCCUCGACUCCGUCAUCGAGACGGGCGACGACUGCAUCUCCAUGGGCGACGAGCUCACCGACGUCCUCAUCAGGGGCGUCAAGUGCGGGCCCGGCCACGGCAUCAGCAUCGGCAGCUUGGGGAAGAACGUGCAGGAGAAGGACGUGAAGGGGAUCACGGUGCAGGGCUGCACCUUCACCAACACCGACAACGGCAUCAGGAUCAAGACGUGGCCCUCCGCCCCGGCCACGCUCACCAUCUCCGACCUCCACUUCACCGACCUCACCAUGGUGAAUGUCAGCAACCCCAUCAUCUUCGAUCAGCAAUACUGCCCCUGGAACCUCUGCUCUCUCGACAAGCCCUCCGAGAUCAAGAUCAGCAAUGUCGAGAUCAUGAAUGUCAAGGGCACCAGCGCCACCGCCGAGGUGCUCGUCUUCUCCUGCAGCAGAUCGAAGCCCUGCGACAAUGUCAAGAUCGGGGCCGUUGAUCUCAAAUACAUUGGGCCCACGCCCGCCCCCACCACCACCAGAUGCGAAAACAUUAAGCCCAUCUUCUCCGCCACGCAGAAUCCCCCCGUCUGCUCCGGCCCUCCCGCUCAGCCGCAGCCCAAGCCUGCACCGGUUAAAUAAUACUGCAUAUAUAUUUUUCCUUUUUUUUCUAUUUUUUUUCUUUUUCUUAUCCCGCCAUAUAUCCUCUCAUAAAUUAUUUUAUUGAAGAGGCCAGGCCGAGGAUGAAUUGAUUCAUUAUUUCCAAUUUUAUUUGACCAAGUAGCUAGCUAGCUUUCAACACCA